AUGUCACCCGAACCUAUGCCACAUAACGAGUUCCAGGACGAACGCGCCGCGAACCUAGCGCAAGCGGAUGCGGCGCAUCGCGAAGCAUACGAUUUCUGGGGUUACCUUUUCAAGGAAGAUAAAUGCGGGACCCCGUUGCUGGAUCGCCUGUUGAAGGGCAUCGCCUACGUCAUUAGCCAGAAGUUCGGAUCAAGUGACUCGCCUGAUCUUACGCCGUCGCAAAUCGCAGCUUGGUAUCGCAGUGUUGGGGGCGAUUACGACGUACUAUUCACAGACACACCACCUUCAUCCGUCGCGUUCAUAUAUCGGUCACUCGGCGCAUUCCACAGCCUGCAACCAGCACCAGACGACGACGGCUACUCGAGUCCUACCAUACCUGCGCUGAAGAAGGACGGCUUUGUGACAUGGCAGACAAUACAGUUGCUGCUAGGGCCAGAAGAGCAUGUGCCUUUCCUACAGAAGGCGGUGGAGCUGGAUGACAUACCCGAUCUGGAAACGGGGGGCACCUUCCCUAAAAUUCUACCCAAGGAGUGCUUCCCAGAGAAACCGGAUGAUGCGAUGGAGACGUGGUAUCAGAGCGUUGCCGCCAGACUUAAGAAGGAGGCGGAAGAGGAGCUGAAUGGGGGCAGUGCGGCUGAAGAGCCAAAACCGCGUACUUCGACGGACAGCGAGGGAAAUUCGGCCGAUGACAAGUCCGGCGCGUACCGCUACUUCGAAGAUCCGCUCUAUCGGAAUGGAAGACCACGACCGACCUUCAUGCGCCAUGUCUCGAAGCAAUCUCCAAGGACCGCAGAGGACCAUGGAAGGCCGGGGGCUAUUAUCUCAAGGACCGCACCGGGUACGGAAGCGACGGGUACUCAGAUGAAGAUGCCACACCCAUUGCGCCUGUUCCUCAACCAGGUCCCCGAUAUUCCGCCCACAAGCGUCCACACCCACCGCGACGCGAAUCCUCGUUAUCAACAACAGACUCCGACUCAGAUCCAGAUCGCCCGUCUCCUCGGCGACAAAAUCCUGUACUGCGUACCCAUCGAUCUCACGAGCCGCCCAUAUCGCAGCCGGGCUAUUUCCCCGCCUACAACGAGGCGCGCCGUUACUCAAACCAACACGAUCCAGUCCGAGUGUAUGAAGGGACUUCAACAGCAACAUCUCCCCAGCACGUAUAUGUACCAACUCAAUCCCCACUCUUCGCGACUCAAGUCGCGCAAGCCCAGCGCGAAGCACAGAAACAGCAACACUACCUCUCAAGACCCGUCAUGCCGCCACGCACGAGCUAUAGACCCGUCCCGUCCAGCAGCGUGCGAUGGGGUCCCCAGACCGUACACCCUGUAA